GUGAGGCUUUUGAGUGGUAGACGGUUCAAUUGCAGUGAUUCUGGUUUGCUGGUGGUCUUAGUGGUAUUGGUUUUAGACAUAUAGCCUCUAAGACUUGUAUUAGAGGGGUCUUUUUUGGGGACCAUUGAAUAUCUUGACCCCCUGGGGGGCGGGGUUCCUCCUGAAAUUGAAUUCUACUCCCCCAGGGUCGUCCUCCGCCACGUCUGGGUCCUCAACAGGAUAAUCAUAGUCUAGGUCGUUGGUAAAAGUUCCCUCGAAGCCCGCGGGAGUUUCCAAGAGUUUACUCAGGGCCCGGUCUUGCCAGAGGUAGUAGUAUAGCAGCAGUACGAGGAUGAGAUAGAGCAGCGCCAAGAAAACAAGGGAACGGACUCGCAAAAUACACUUCAUCACUCAUCAUGCUGUAAGUUCAAAGGUCUGAUCAAUUGAUCAGCGCAUGCGCUAAAUCGGUAGGAUUCCAAUUGUAGCCCACCAUGAGUAGUAGGUUUGCACUUUUGGCUCUUCGGCAGCUGAGUCAGGGGUUGAAACGAUGGAGGAUUAAACCUGCUCACUUUGCAUCUCCCAAGUAUGUUAGUAGCUCGACGACAACGUGUAGGGAAGGUCCGGGGCUCAAGGAAUUUAUGUCCGCGGGGACACCGCAAGCACCUGGUGAAGAACCGCUCUCAACUGCACCUUACCUGAAGCCAAAUGAACUCUCUGGAAACGGGAGAAAAGGUAUGUGGCCGCUGACGAGCGAGUUUCACUGGUUUAUGAGCUAACUGCAUGCGGUUUGGUAAUAGUCGCAUGCGCUUAUGAUUUUUGCCAUUAUCAGUCUACUUGGAGAUCUAUGGGUGCCAGAUGAACGUGAGUGAUGCUGACAUAGCAUGGACCUUUCCUCAGUGAGGCCGGCUACCUUCGAACUGACAGUGUAGAAGAGGCCGACGUGAUCCUGGCAGUGACGUGUGCCAUUAGAGAGAAUGCCGAGAGGAAGAUAUGGUCCAGACUGGACUACUUCCGUAGCCUCAAGAGAAAGAGAUCUCGCCACAGACCGCCUCUCAAAGUUGGACUUCUAGGUUGCAUGGCGGAACGUUUGAAGAAGAAGAUUCUGGAGACUGACAAGAUGGUGGACCUUGUGGCUGGCCCAGAUUCCUAUCGCAGUCUGCCUCAGCUGUUAGCAGUGACUGAAACGGGACAAUCUGCAGUGAAUGUUCUACUGUCACUGGAUGAGACGUAUGCUGAUGUGAUGCCAGUCAGAAUUAACAGUGACUCCCCAUCAGCCUAUAUCUCUAUAAUGAGAGGCUGUGAGAACAUGUGCAGUUUCUGCAUCGUGCCGUUCACCAGAGGAAGAGAGAGAAGUAGACCCACUGACUCCAUUCUGCAGGAGGUCAAAAUGCUCUCCGAUCAGGGAGUGAAAGAGGUGACUCUCCUGGGUCAGAACGUCAACAGUUACCGUGACCUCUCCCAGACCACCGUCCCCGUCUCCUUUUCCACCGACACUCGCCUCAGCAGAGGAUUCUCCACCAUCUACAGGACCAGGCAGGGCGGGCGCAGGUUUGCUGACCUUAUGGAUAAAGUCUCGCUGGUGGAUCCAGAAAUGAGGAUCAGAUUCACGUCUCCACAUCCUAAAGACUUCCCAGAUGAGCUGCUGUACCUGAUUAGAGAGAGAGCCAACGUGUGCAACCUGGUCCACAUGCCAGCUCAGAGUGGAAACACUGAGGUUCUCAAGAGAAUGAGACGAGGAUACACCAGGGAGUCUUACUUGGAACUGGUGGAAAAUAUCUGGUCUAUCAUUCCAGACGUGUCCCUAUCGUCAGACUUCAUAGCAGGGUUCUGUGGGGAGACGGACGAGGAACAUCGGGACACCAUCUCUCUCCUGGACACCGUCAAGUUUGACAUGGCCUACAUGUUCGCAUACUCCAUGAGGAAGAAAACCCAUGCCCAUCACGCGAUGCAGGACGAUGUGCUGGAGGAGGUGAAGAAGAGACGACUGCAGGAGAUCAUCGACACGUUCUACUCUCAUGUGGGAGAGAGGAACAGACGACUAGUGGGCUCCCAUCAGUUGGUCCUUGUGGAGGGAACCAGUAAGAGGAGCGAGGAGGAAGUGGCAGGUCGUACGGACGGCAAUGUGAAGGUGAUAUUCCCCGGCUCAAUGACAGAGCCUCUCACACAAUCCUCCACUACUUUCAGACCUGGAGACUAUGUCAUUGUAAAGAUCACGGAGGCUCGAGAUGGCUCAGUGAGGCUGCGAGGUGUUCCAGUCCGUCUCAGUUCCAUACUGGACUUCAGUCGGAACCAGAUCUCGGACUCUGACCAGCCCACCAACCACAAGUCACUCUCCAAUUCAACCUCAUAGUUUAUUAACACAUUCUCGGCAUUUCUCAGGUAUAAUGUUUCUUUGAUUACUGUGUAAUGGAUAUCUUGGUGAAUGAGAAUCAUCCAUAGAGCAUGUGUACUGUCAGCUAAUACAAAGCAUACGCUCACUCAUCUGUGUUGAAUCAUAU